GCUGGGACUACAACUCCCAGCAGGCAACGCCACACCCCUUCCCUCCCCCUUGCCACGGCCCACCUGCCCGCCGCGGGUUAAGGCUGGGAGGCCGCAGCGUGCGGCGAGGGCUGCCGCACAUGCGCCUUGAGGAAAGAUGGCACCUGCCGGCUGCUGCUGCUGCUGCUGCUGCUGCUGCUACUGCUACUGCUGCUGGGGCGGCGCUGUGGCCGCCGCGGACGCCGCCCGGCGCGUCCUGGUGCUGCUGUUGCUGGGGGUCCUGUCCGUCGGGCCGCGCCCGGGCGCGCUGGCCACUGAGCACUACUCGCCGCUGUCCCUGCUCAAGCAGGAGCUGCAGCAUCGGCAGCAGCAGGAGGCCCAGGCAGGCGGCGGCUGCAGCCCGCAGUCCGGGGACUGGGGAGACCAGUACUCGGUCGAGUGCGGCGGUAAUAUAAGUUUUCAUGAACCGGGCGUUCGGAGGAGUUUUCCUGUCCAUUCUACCAUUCCCUCAUAGGUGGAAACCAUCAUCCAGAGUUCUUUGCGUCAAAGGAUGAACGCAAUCUUAAUGAGGCUUUAAGCAUAAUUUGUCAGAUGUUUCAGUUUUUCAUUUAUCUCCCCCCAUGAGGUUUCUUAGUACUUGGUUUCUUAGUUUGGCAUUCCACAUGUGCUGUUGGAAAUGUGUGGCAUGAGUCUUUGAGCCAGCCUCCCCUGGGGUGACGUGAAUGUCCCGCAGUUGCUGACAGGCGCCGAAGUCACUUGGCUGCUGCUGCUGUUCCCAGUUAAUAAUUCCCAAAGGCAACUGCUUAUGCUUCUUGGCACUCCAGCUGUGGGACGUGACAGGAGCCAUCUCUGUCAUGGUAGAGACUCCCCAAAUGUCUCUCAUUUCUCCCUCUUCAUUUUGGACGAGUAGGUAGAAGCUGGACCCUGUGAAACUGCCCCAUUCCCUCACUGUCCUAAGAAGAACAGAUGUGGGAACAAAUUCAGGAUUUACAACUAAUCAUAUCAUAGCCCAGAGGUUCUGAAUCCAGAACCCCUUCCGAUCAACAGAAAGGUCUAGAUAAGUGCCAGGAUCCAGAACGAAUCAGUUCUUGAGAGCCUCACCAUCCAUUCAUCACGUCAUCAUCACUUGCUGGCCUUUCCAGCCACGAGCCUGUCCGUGUCAAGCCAGUCCGUAUGCAGAGGACAGACACAGAAGCACCGCCACUUUUCAGAAGCCUUCCCACAGCUUUCGGAUUCAAGGCUGAAUUGACACCUGCUUGGGUCUAAAUCUGCACACCUUCCAAUGAGCUGUAUGGGUAUUCUCAUAAGACCGAACCCCCAGUGAUUACAGGGCCAAAGACAAUAUGUGUCUUCCUAUGGUGGGAGCCCAUAGGUCUGAACAGCGCACUGGCAAUGGCUGAUUGUGCUGUGUGGACCACCAUCAAAUGGAAUCCAGUGCCCUGGGAUCAGCCUCGAGCUCAGUGGGCUGAACCCCAUCGAGGUCCAGCUGCACAGAUAAGCAUAGAUGACUGGGGCACCAGCGGUCUCAGCCUGACUUUGCUGUUCCCAGGCCCCCUUCAACUUUCUCCCCUGGCACGUUUUUGUAUUUUAUUUGAAAAACAUGUAUAGCCACAAACGUCAGGUCAUCUGUUUUCCUGUGGGAAAAAUAAUCUUUUUUAAAAACGUGAACGCUGUAAUGUACAUAUUUUUCAAAUAAAAAUCAAUUUCCCGGGGCA